CAACGUUGGAUAUUACUACUAUACAACGUGGAGACAAACUAUCCCCGGUGUCUAUGACAAGACCUUCCCUACACUGUGUGGCCCUUACCUCAUACUGAUUGAGGUAGAAGAGUGCCAAAAGGUGAAAUGGGAAAUGGCUCUAUGAAACCCAAGGCACAUAAAAACCCAGAUGGACAUUUGGUGAACUUCUCCUCUGGCUGUAGCAGCAACAAGCUCCGCAAUGUAGAUGCUGUAAAAGGCAAAGUAAGGGAACUUGAAAGAGAGUUAAAAAUGAAGGACGAGGAACUGAAAAAUAAAGAAUGUAUAUUUCAAGAACUUAAGGAACAAUUUAGUAAGCAAACACAAGUUAUCGCAGAGAUCACUGAGGAGCUCCAAAGCAAAUGUGUCCAACUUAACAAACUGCAGGAUGUGAUCAACUCUCAGGGAGGAAAGACCUUCUAUCAACCAACAUUUGGUAUCUUCCAGGCAUCACCAACCAAAACGCUUCAAGCUUCACCGUCUAAAUCUUUGCAAGCGUCACCAUUUAAAACUUUGUCUGGACUGUUCAACAGUAGCAAAAGAAGGGGGGCAAAAGAAGGUGUCUCAGCAGAACCUACCUCAACGAUUUAUGACCGGACUGGCCAUCCAAAGUUCUCUUUUGAGAAAGCUCGAGUGAGAAAGGAAUCAAGUGAAAAAAAGCUGAUAACUGAUGCAUUAUUCAAGAACCAGUUUUUGAAGAGAUUGGAUCCUCAUCAAAUCCGAGAUAUGGUUGAAUGUAUGUACGAAAGGACAUACUCACAAGGAGAUUACAUUAUUAAACAAGGAGAACCCGGAAGUCAUAUCUUUGUAUUAGCUGAGGGCAAAGCAGAGGUUUUUCAACAGAAUAAACAUCUAGCAUCUAUUCCUACAUGGACAACAUUUGGGGAACUUGCAAUUUUAUACAACUGUACAAGAACAGCCUCAGUUAAAGCAAUCAGCAAUGUCAGAACAUGGGCACUAGACAGAGAAGUUUUUCAGAAUAUUAUGAGGAAGACAGCACAAGCAAGACACGAGGAACAUCAAAACUUUCUCAGGAGUGUAUCUCUCUUGAAGAACCUUCCAGAAGACAAAUUGAUGAAGAUAGCAGAUUGCUUGGAAGUGGAAUAUUAUGAAAAAGGAGAUUAUAUUAUCCGAGAAGGAGAGGAGGGAAGUACAUUCUUCAUAAUUGCAAGGGGAAAGGUUAAAGUUACCCAGAGUAUGGAAAACUAUCAAGAGCCACAGUUAAUUAAAGUAUUGGAAAAAGGAGAUUACUUUGGUGAAAAAGCUCUAAUCAGUGAUGAUGUCAGAUCAGCUAAUAUAAUCGCAGAUGAUAUUGAUGUGGAGUGCCUAGCCAUGGAUCGAGAGACAUUCAAUCAGACAGUUGGAACUUAUGAGGAGCUUCAAAAGUACCUUGAGGGAUAUGUGGCCAAUCUGACCCUUGACGAUGAAAAAAGAAAUGCCAGGAGAUCAACAUCUGGACAUCGUGGUAAAGUUUUGUCUUUGGAAAUGAUUCAGAUGAAGGAAACAGUUGCAAGGUUUUCAUCUUUGUCCCCUUUCGAGAAUCUAGAGAUCAUCACCACACUUGGUGUCGGUGGGUUCGGGAGAGUGGAACUUGUCAAGGUGAAAAAUGAAAAUUUAGCAUUUGCUAUGAAAUGCAUUAAAAAGAAGCACAUUGUUGAAAACAGGCAACAAGAACAUAUUCAUUCUGAAAAGAAUAUUCUAGAAGAAGCAUGUUCUCCUUUUGUAGUAAAAAUGUACCGAACAUUUAAGGAUAGAAAGUAUGUUUAUAUGCUGCUUGAGGCCUGUCUUGGAGGGGAGCUCUGGAGUAUCCUAAGAGACAGAGGUAGUUUUGAUGAGCCCACUGCUAAGUUCUGCAUCGGAUGUGUGACAGAGGCUUUUGAAUAUUUGCAUCAAAUUGGUGUUAUGUAUCGUGAUUUAAAGCCAGAAAACUUACUUCUGGAUUCAGAAGGCUAUGUGAAACUGGUUGACUUUGGUUUUGCAAAGAAAAUGUAUUCUGGACAAAAAACAUGGACAUUCUGUGGCACACCGGAGUAUGUUGCUCCAGAAGUUAUUUUAAACAAGGGCCACAGCUUCAGUGUGGAUUUCUGGUCACUUGGAAUAUUGUUAUAUGAACUCCUGACAGGAAAUCCUCCGUUUAUUGGACCAGACCAAAUGAUGAUCUAUAAUUUGAUUCUCCAAGGCAUUGAGAAAAUAGAAUUUCAUAAAAAAAUAACAAGGCGCUCAGAAGAUCUAAUCCGCCGUCUGUGCAGGCAGAAUCCCACGGAACGUCUUGGAAACAUGAAAAAUGGCAUAGCAGACAUUAAAAAACACAGGUGGUUUAGUGGAUUUAACUAUGAGGGACUGGGAGCUCGGAGUCUUCCUUCACCUUUAAAACCACAGCUGGAAGGUCCUACAGAUCACAGAUAUUUUGACAGCUACCCUCCAGAUGAUGAAAUACCUCCUGAUGAACUUUCAGGAUGGGACCAAGAUUUUUGA